AUGGAAAGUCUCAAGACCGAUGUAGAAAUGCCCUAUGCUGAGCUCAUCAUAAAAGUGGGCAAAGUGACUUUUGGAGAAGAGAACAGGAAAGUGAUGACCAAUAGCUCUUUGAAAAGAAUCGAGAAUUCAAAUAUCAUCCAGGCUAUCUGUGCACUGCUAAAUUCUGGAGGGGGUGUGAUCAAAGCAGAGAUUGAUGAUAAAACCUACAGUUACCAAUGUCAUGGGUUGGGACAGGAUUUGGAAACUUCAUUCCAAAAGCUCCUUCCUUCAGGUUCACAGAAAUACCUUGACUACAUGCAGUACGGGCACAAUCUCCUGAUUUUUGUGAAAUCAUGGAGCCCAAAUGUUUGCAGCCUCCCACUGAGGAUUUGCAGCUUGCGCUCCAAUUUAUAUCAGAGAGACGUGACUUCUGCCAUCAACUUGAGUGCCAGCAGUGCCCUGGAGCUUCUCAAAGAGAAAUCAUCUAGAGCUCCAAGAGCUAGACCAAAGCUGCAUUCUCAGAAAGUUUUCAACAGAUACGUUCAGGAAGAAGAAGACAUGAAGAUGUCCGCCUUGGAAUUUUUUAACAGGGAUAAACUCACAUAUAAGGAGAAGCUCAACUUUACGGAGUCAACACAUGUCGAGUUUAAAAGGUUCACCACCAAAAAGGUUGUACCUCGGGUUAAAGAGAUGCUGCCUCAUUACGUCUCUGCAUUUGCCAACACUCAAGGGGGAUACCUAAUUAUUGGGGUUGAUGAUAAGAGCAAAGAAGUGUUUGGAUGUAGGAGAGAAAAAGUGAACCCUGAGUUACUAAAAAAAGAAAUAGAAAACUGCAUAGAAAAAUUGCCUACGUUCCACUUCUGUUGUGAGAAGCCCAAGGUGAAUUUUACUACCAAAAUCUUGAAUGUGUACCAAAAAGAUACCCUGUAUGGUUAUGUCUGUGUGAUUGAAGUAGAGCCCUUCUGUUGUGUAGUGUUCGCAGAGGCCCCAGAUUCCUGGAUCAUGAGGGACGGUUCUGUCACAAGGUUGACGGCUGAGCAAUGGGUGAUCAUGAUGCUGGAUAUUCAGUCAGCUCCUCCCAGUUUGGCCACCGACUACAGUGCUCACCUGAUUUCAUCAGCUUCAACUGCACUGAGAAGCCCAGCGUAUCUCAUAAAAGUCAUGGAAUUUAAGGGGGCUCUGCAACAGCAUUUGUUUCCAGUGACACAAGAAGAAGUGAUACAAUUUAAACCAGAAUCCCUGUGUAAGAAGUUGUUCUCAGAUCAUAAUGGACUGGAGGAAUUAAUAAAGAUACAGCUAUGUCCUUGCUCCCAGGGGAUUGUGAUAUUUUCUAGAAGCUGGGCUGGUGACGUUGGCUUAAGCAAAGAGCAGAAUGUCCUGUGUGAUGCUCUCCUGAUAGCAAUUAACAGCCCCCUGGUGCUCUAUACAGUGCUUAUAGAGUCCAAUUGGAUUGGAGGGUUCGAAUAUGCCCGAAACACAGCUCAUCAGUUAAAGCAGAAACUGCAAACUAUUGGUGGCUACACAGGGAAAAUGUGCAUCAUUCCAAGGCUUAUUCACUUGGCCAGCAGACAGUGUAGACCUGGUGAAUUCCUUGUGCACUACCCCCAAUCCUACAGACUCUCCAGUGCAGAUGAAAUGGAGAAUUUGCUGCAGGCCCUUGUGGUCAUCUCACUGUGCUCUAGGUCUCUUCUGAGUGACCAGCUGGGCUGUGAGUUUUUCAACCUGCUUGUAGAGGAGCAGAGCAAGUUGCUUUCCAAGAACCUUCAGGAAACUCGGGAAUUGUUCAUCCACUGCCUUCCAGGAACCAGGAAGACAGCCCUAGCCAUGAAGAUCAUGGAGAAAAUUAAGAACUUGUUCCACUGCAAGCCAAAAGAGAUCCUCUAUGUUUGUGAAAGUGACACCCUAAGGGAUUUUGUGAUCCAACAAACUACCUACCAUGCUGUGACCCGGAAAACCUUCAUGCAAGGGGAGUUCCCAAAGAUUAAACACAUAGUAAUGGAUGAGACUGAGAAUUUCUGCAGUAAAUAUGGAGAUUGGUACAGGAAGGCUAAGAGUAUCACCCACCCCAAGGUGAAGGGGUUUGGAAGUGAAGACCUUCACCAUGGGAUCCUCUGGAUUUUUCUGGACCCUUUCCAAGUCCAUCAUGCAGAUGCCAAUGGUCUCCCCGCUCCUUCUGCUCAGUUUCCUCGGAAAACAAUCACCAAUGGGAUCUAUUGUGCUCUGGAAAUAGCAAAGGUCAUGAAAGAAGAAAUGAAGAUGAUCAAAGCAAAACCUCCCUCCAGCAUAUCUCCAGACAUGUUGGCAUUAUUCCAAGAAGCUUCCUAUGAGGAAGCAAUGUGUGCCCAAGCUCUGCCUGGGGUGUGUGAGACCAAGACUAACCUAACGAUAGAACAAAUAGCGAACUAUGUGGUAGAAAGAUGUCAUAGCCUCUUCCAAUGUGGCUAUCUGCCCAAAGAUGUAGCAGUUCUGUGUAAGAGAGGAGAGGACAGAGAACGCUAUAAGCUUGCACUGCUUAAAGCAAUGGAAUUAAUUAAGGACCAUGGGACAACAGAAGUUGUGUUUAGCCGGGCCACUGGUGUUGGGGAUAAUGAUAUUGUUUUAGACAGUAUUCAGCACUUUUCAGGACUGGAGAGGAAUAUUGUGUUUGGGCUUAGUCUUAGUCCAGAAUGUUCCCAGUCAGAGGAAUUUCAUAAGCUCUGUUUUGCCUCAAGAGCCAUUAAACACCUCUAUCUCCUUUAUGAAAAGAGGGCAGCCUUUUGA